AUGAACAGCCACCGCCACCGCCCCUGGACAGCAAUGGCAAAUCCACCUCCACCUCCUCGUCCUCUGACAGCGAUGAAAAACAGCAGAAGAAACACCACCAUCAUCAAAAAGCACAAGCGCAAGAAGAUGAACCCCGGGAAGAUGAUCGGAUUGGUUUUCGCGGGAGUUGCAGCUAUCUUGCAAGUAGGUGUUAUUGGGUUCUUGGUUUUCAAGAGAAAGCAGCUAAUCAAAGAUAGAUAUGAACCUUACUCUGUCUCAUAA